AUGAGCGAAGUUGAUUUUAUGGCAAUAAAAAGUUUAUGGGAAGAUCUUCGCGAACAAACUAUUUUCUUUAAGUAUGGUUUACCUGAUCCUCAUCCAAUAAUUGGAAUUUUGAUAAUGCCAUCAUCAACUAAAGAAUUUGAUAAAGCUUUUAUCAAAGAUUCACCAGAUUACGAGAAGAAUGUUUUUAAAGUUCUGGGUGAAGUUUUAGAAAUUCUCGAUCAAUUUUCUAGUUCACCUAUGGAAUCCAAUCAAGAAUCAUCUUCGCAACAAUGCAAUGCUGCAACGAUUAUUGCGAUGAAGAUUCGUGCACAUACAUUACGAUUAUCGAAUUGGAAUGGAAAUAUCGAGAAACUUCCUAUGAUUCGAUCGAGUUACGCUGAAUUAGGUAAAUUGGGUUAUACAUUGAAUAAUGAAGAAUUGUAUGUCGUCAACGAGAAAUUAAAAACGUCAUUGAAUCAAACAAUUCAUUGUCUGAGUGGUAUAAUCAAGGAUUUGAAUGUUAAAGACCAAUGA